GUGGUCGCUCAGGUCUCCACCGAAAAUGUUGCCCAAAGUUCUCCUGCUCUUCCUGAGCCUAUUCCUGACCCCCCAAUUGAGGGUCCAGGGACCUAUGAUUGCAUUCAAGAGUGAAUCCCCUGCCCAUGAGGAUGUUGUCUAUGGCCCUGAGCCCCAGCCCCUUGAAAGGAAGCUCCUUGCUGAAGAAACAAAGCCCACUAUGCCUACUGGGCGCCAAGUUGGCAAACUGCCAGAAGCUUCUCGCAUCCUCAACACUAUCCUGAGUAACUAUGACCACAAACUGCGCCCUGGUAUUGGAGAGAAACCCGCUGUGGUCACUGUUGAGUUCUCUGUCAACAGUCUUGGCCCUCUGUCCAUCCUGGACAUGGAGUACAACAUGGACAUCAUCUUCUACCAGACCUGGUAUGAUGAACGCCUCCGUUACAAUGAUACCUUUGAGACACUUGUUCUGAAUGGCAAUGUGGUGAGCCAGUUGUGGAUCCCAGAUACCUUUUUUAAGAAUUCUAAGAGGACCCAAGAGCAUGCGAUCACCAUGUCCAACCAGAUGGUCCGCGUCCACAAGGAUGGCAAGGUGUUGUGUACGAUUAGGAUGACCAUUGAUGCUGGAUGCUCACUCCACAUGGUCAUAUUUCCAAUGGACUCUCACUCUUGGCCUCUGUCUUUCUCUAGCUUUUCUUAUCAUGAGAGUGAGUUGCUCUACAAGUGGGAAGAUUUCCAGCUUGAAAUCAAUGAGAAGAACUCCUGGAAGCUCUUCCAAUUUGAUUUUACAGGAGUGAGCAACAGAACUGAGAUUAUCUCAACCCCAGCUGGUGACUUCAUGGUCAUGACGUUUUUCUUCAACGUGAGCAGACGGUUUGGCUUUGUUGCUGUUCAAAACUACGUUCCUUCUUCUGUAACCACGAUGCUCUCCUGGGUUUCCUUUUGGAUCAAGAAGGAGUCUGCUCCAGCCAGGACUUCUUUAGGGAUCACCUCCGUACUCAUCAUGACCACACUAGGUACCUUUUCUCGAAAGAAUUUCCCACGUGUCUCCUAUGGCACAGUCUUGGAUUUCUACAUCGCCAUCUGCUUUGUCUUCUGUUUCUGUGCUCUGAUGGAAUUUGCUGUGCUCAACUUCCUGACCUACAGCCAGAUGAAAGCCCAUGCUUCUCUGAAACUACACCAUCCUUGUAUUGAUAGCCGUGCCUAUGCUCGUACUUGUGCACGUGCCCGUGCUUGUGCUCGUGCCCACACCCUCCAGGAAGUUUUUGUGUGCGAGAUUGUCACCUCUGAUGGAAGUGAUGGGGAGGAGCACCCGUCUUGCUCAGCCCAGCGGUCCCCUAGCCCUGGUAGCCCCGAAGGCCCCCCCAGCUUGUACUCCAGGCUAUCCUGCUGUGCAUGGUGCAAGGGUCUUAAGAAGUAUUUCUGCAUGGUCCCCGAUUGUGAGGGCAGCACCUGGCAGAAUGGCUGCCUCUGCAUCCACAUCUACCCCCUGGAUAACUACUCUCAAAUUCUUUUCCCAGUGACUUUCCUCAUCUUCAAUGUGCUCUACUGGCUUGUUUGCCUUAACCUGUAG